UUUGGCUCAGCUUCUUGUGAGCCAUGGAGUUAACAAUUCCAAGCACAGUCGCGCCAGGCCUUCGCGGAGCCGCUGGCCUUCGCGGAGCCGCUGGGACGGCACAGAGCUCAAGCGCAUCGCCCAAUGGAUUUGCCCCAAAGCCUACGUUGGCGGCCCUCAGUGUGGGCACUGGAAUCUUCCUGGCUCACAAAAGGAGGCGGGCACCAAUGAAGGCAAGUGGCAAGACGCAGACUAUGGAGAGACCGCUCCUGGACAACAUGAUCACCUCGGGAGUGAAGGCAUUAGAGGCUGCGGAGCUGGGUCGGGUGAAGUCGGCUUCGGAGAAACCCAGUGACGAGAAUGGAAAUUGGGGCGGAGAGCCCCGCGAGUGGGCCAACUCAGACUCUGUCACACAGCAGAUCUCUGUCUUGUCCCAGAUGAGGCCCCUUGCUCAAGCCAAGCAGUUCAUUGCGGACACGUUGGCUGGGGACUACGACAGAGACAGAAUAUCCAAGCUGAUUGACGACAAGAUCAACUCCAAUAAGAUUAUGAUGUUUUCAUUCUCAACAUGUCCGUUUUGCUUGAGAGCCAAACAAAUCCUGGAAGAAGACUACGGCGAGCAGUUCGAAGUGUACGAAUGUGACCUGGAGUCCGAUGGUUAUGCCGUUCGGGCUGAACUUGGACGGCGCACUGGACGCACUUCGAUGCCUUCCACUUGGCUGGGCUCAACCACCUUGCUAGGGGGCUGCAACGAUGGUGGCCUAGGAGGAGUGGCGACCCUUGACAAGGAUGGUCGUCUUGCAAGUCUGUUAGCAGAGCGGCAAAACACGAUGAGCCCUUUCCCGCCUCUACAGUGGCUUGCCUCCUUUGGUCAAUCUGACCAGCAGCAGACUCUGUGCAGCGCAAGAAGGCUUUGGUGGCUGCCUGUGAUGAGGCCCCAAAGAAUGGUGUUGGCGCCAGCGAACUUCUUCAGCAAAAGGUGGAAUCUGCUGCCGUAGAUUUGGAGGCUCUUUGUCCAGGGCAACCGGCCAAGACCAAGCUCAGCGGAGUCUGGGACUUGCUGUACUGCACCGCAGAGGGCGGCUCCAACGGCAAAAUUGGUCCUUUGGUGGGUGAUGUCACGCAAACGUUUGUGGAUGAGAAACGCUUCGUCAAUGCUGUUGACUUUGGCCCAUUCCGAGUGGCCCUCCAGGCCGAGAGAGAAAUCGUGGAUGACAAGCAGAUUAGGGUGAAAUUCAAGGAGACCGUGUUCUCCAUCUUCGGGCUUGAGAUCUUCCGAAAGGCGACCAAAGGUGCUGGAGUCUGGACCCAACGCUUUGUUGAUCCUGGACUCCGGGUGAUGAACACACCUUCAUUGUUUGUGCUUCGCAAGCGACGAGCGUAGGAUGUUUUCUGAUGUGAAGAUGCUGAAUUCGCGAGCUCUCAGCUACGUCGGUGCAAAGUAUUUUAAUCCAUCUGCGCCUCUCAAAGCUUUUAUGUUUUCCGCAGAUGGUCAGGGAUGCACCACAGGUGAGGACAAGCGCUCUAGCAUGCAGUAAUUUUCAACAGCUGUGCUGAAGCACCAAAGUGAGCCGCUCCAAACAUCGUGGAGCCUUGCACAUCAUGCUUGUUAUACUGGACACAGCAAGUUUUUCAUGCUGCUCAGCUGCUCACAGCUGUGGAACCUAAACCUGAGCUAGAUCCGAA